AUGUCGGAUGGGCCUGCCGACUCCAAAAGACCACCUGAGGAGCCUGAAGAAAGCGGAUGGGAGAGGCCGAAGCUGAGAGCCGAGACAAAACAUCAAGCCGAAUCCCACUGGGUGCUGAGAGCCACCAAUGCCCUGGACCAGGUGCCCAGCCCCCGCGAGGGCACGGAGGGCUUCUGCUACCGGCACGGGCACCGCGGCCUGCUCACCCUCCGCUUCCGGGCCGGCCUGGCCCGGAGCACCACCAUGAAGGACGCCUACCAGAGGCCCGCCAGGACCGCGCUCCCCGCCAGAGGGCAGCGCGAGGCCACGCUGGAGUGGCUCCUGUACCAGAAAUACAGCAAGGAGAUCUUUGAGGAAGACAUCGACCCUCCCCCCGGCCCCGUGGAGUCCCUGACCACCACACACCAGGACUACCAUCGGGAGGGCUUCCCCUCUGCGCCCCCCGCCCCCACCAAGCCCCACAACUACCGGAUGGAGCAGCCGCAGUCCUUCUGGCGGGAACAUGCCCGACAGGUGCCUGGGGUCUCCAAUAUCCAGACCGGUGACACCCCCUUCAAGAAGAACGCCUCCUUCUCCACUCCUGUGACAGAGUCCCUCGACCCGCCCAUGCCUUACGGCCCAGAGAACUACCCAAAGCUCUGACAGAAUAAAUGGGCCCCUGA